GUGGCGUUCAGCAGGGCCAGUAUAUAAAGGCGAGGUGGCGCAGCAGUCACUCCCGAGCUGAUCCUGACGCCAGUAACGAGGUGACCGCCUCCACGCAGCCCUCACCACCCCCUCCACCAUCACCACCACCACCACCUCCACCACCACCCCAUCAUCAAAACAAAAAUGGAGAUGACCACGAGAAGCUAUAUUUUCUUCUUUAUUGUUUCCUCCACAGCCCUCCUUCUCCUCCUGCCUGGGAGGUGCGAGGGCGGCCCCAUCUGUUCCUCUCUCAACGAGGUGCUCCCCGAGAUGCUCCAGGCGCCCUGCAGACACGGGGUUGUAAUGGACUGGUGCGGUAACGCCAGGUGUGCUAAGGGCCCCGGGGAGACCUGCGGUGGGCGAUGGAAUGUGAAGGGAUCCUGUGGGAAGGGAAUGUACUGCGUGUGUGGCUACUGCGCCGGCUGCUCUUGGGACCUUCAGUGUGCCUUGGGUAGAUUCUGCUAAGGAUCCUCGCUUACCUACUCCUCCUCCUCUUCCUCCUGCUACUACUGCUACUGUACUGCUGUGAAUGACUGCUCCUAUGACUUACUGUUCUUGCUUCGCUGUUCUCUCCUUCCUCCUGCCUCUUUUUGGAAUGUCAAGUGAUGGUAAACAGGAAAAGGUUAACGAAAUGAAGGGUACGUUUUUGGAAAUUGUGAUAAGAGAUGACGAGCAAUGAUUGGUUGGUUUGAAAAAUAUUGGAUUUCAAAGGAAAUGAUUGGCAAAUAUGAAUAAAAAGGGAUAUAUAUGUGAAUAAAUGUGAUGAUUAAAGAAAUGAACGAUGAAGAACAUAGGAAAUGAAUGAAAAGAAAGGAGAAAAAAGAGAGACAGUUGAAAAUAAAGACGAGAAACAGAGUUUUGAAGAAAAGGAAGGAGAGAAAAGAUACAAGUAAAAGUAAGGAACUUAGACAGUGAACGAAAACGAAGCAGAAAAAUAAGAGACAGAUGAAAAUAAAGAUGAAAACGAGAGAUAAAAUUCAAGAAAGCGAAGAAAAAUAAAAUUGAAAAUAAAUAAUGUGAAAGAAAAGAAACUUAAGGAAAAUGAAUGUGAAAAAAGGAAAUGAAAAUGAAAACAAGAGAAUAAUUUGAUUAAUCGACUCAUAUCCCUUCCUUCAUUAUUUUAUUUUAUUUUGUUUAUCUUUUUUUCUAAUAUUGGUGGUGUUUUUUAGUACUUCUCUUCCCACUUUUUUUUUUUUUUUUAAUUAUCUCCCAUCUCCCGUUUUCGUUCACCUUAACUCGCGUUCGUGCGUCUCGCAAAUCCCGUUUUCUUUCCGUUAUUAUUAUUAUUAUCAUUAUUAUUAUUGUUGUUGUUGUUUUUUAUACACUUAUCUGUUCGUUCUUUCGUUUAUUCCAUAUUUUUACUUGUACAGUUUAUGUGCUUUUGUUGUUAUUAUCGUUAUUAUUUUGUACUUCUUUUUUUAUCUUUUUUUUUCGUUUCUUGAUUUAUCUUUUUUCUCUCUUUUUACUUUUCUUUUUGUUUUUUUUCCUUCGAAUUCGUGAGAGAUCAAAAUAUUUAAGGACAAACUUUGACAUUUUGCAAUGUUACGAUCUCUCUCUCUCUCUCUCUCUCUCUCUCUCUCUCUCUCUCUCUCUCUCUCUCAUGGUGUACAUUUCCUUACAAUUUCAAGGCCUGUGGUGAAAACUAAGCUGGAUUCUUGCGAAGCUGCUGAUCAGAGAGACUUAAAGAAGAAGAUAAGCUGGAACAAGUUUGGAUAAGUUUUGCGAGGGAGUAAAUCGAGUGGUGUGUUACGUUUUCUCUACGCAGAGGAAACUAAAAUAAAGAUGAACAUGAAAGUAAGGGAAUCUUGUUAUUUAUUUUUUACGUGUUUUUUUUUUUUUUUUAGAUGUUUUGUUUAUUACGUUUUCUCUGCGAAGGGGAAACUAAAACAAAGGAAAGAAGAUGAAAAAUUAAGGAGCUUUUUUGUGUUAUUUAUAUUUUACGAUCUUUUUUGUAUUUUUUUUAAGUUCUUGUUAUUGUUGUUGUUCGUAAUGUUCUUGUUGUUAUUUUAAUUAUUAUUCUAUUCAUUUGGUUUUGUUUUUCAUAACUAUAGACUAAUCGUUGUAGUUCUUCAUUUUUAUGGCACUGUUAUCGCUAUUAUCAUCAUAGUUUUCAUCGUUAUCAUUGUUAUCGUCUCUAUUAUUAUCGUACAUGAGGAGCAGCAACCUAAGCUAUUAAUUGGAAUGGGUCAGGCCAAGUUAGGUCACGUUAAAGUCACCUAGUCUAACCCAACCUAACCUAACUUGACCUAGCAUAACUUAACCCACCCAGAAAUAAGUAAAUAAACAAGGGAAAGAAAACAAAUAGUAAAGAAAGAAGGAAAGCAAAGAAAUACAUAGCUUGGGUGUCUUUUUCUCAUGUACUUUUAUUAUUAUUAUUAUUAUUAUUUUAUUAUUAUUAUUAUUAUUAUUAUUAUUAUUAUUAUUAUUAUUAUUAUUAUCUGUGGUCAGCGGUGCGUUCAUUGUGAUAAAGAAGUGACUGAGAGGGAGGUUUCAGUAUACGAAAGGCAAUAAUUAAUGUGUAAGCUCAUCUUUUUCAUAAAUAAAGGUUUGUUCCUAC